GGCUCGUGCGACCCCGAGCGGGCGUCAGCGGCACCGUCUGCGGCUGCGCCCACGCUUGCGCCUGCGCACCAGCGCCCGGGAAGCUCAAAGGGGGGGUGAAGAAGGGGCCGGCCUUCGAGCGACAGCGACGCAAGAUGGCAGCCACCACAGGCUCGGGAGUAAAAGUCCCUCGAAAUUUCCGACUGUUGGAAGAGCUGGAAGAAGGCCAGAAAGGAGUAGGCGACGGCACAGUUAGCUGGGGUCUAGAGGACGACGAAGACAUGACACUUACAAGAUGGACAGGGAUGAUAAUUGGGCCUCCAAGAACAAUUUAUGAAAACCGAAUAUACAGCCUUAAAAUAGAAUGUGGGCCUAAAUACCCAGAAGCACCCCCAUCUGUAAGAUUUGUAACAAAAGUCAACAUGAGCGGCGUGAGCAGUUCGAAUGGAGUGGUGGAUCCAAGGGCCACGGCAGUGCUGGCCAAGUGGCAGAAUUCCCACAGCAUCAAAGUCAUCCUGCAGGAGCUGCGGCGCUUGAUGAUGUCAAAAGAGAACAUGAAGCUACCACAGCCGCCAGAAGGACAGUGUUACAGCAAUUAGUCACCAAGGCCCCGGCCUCCCCUCCCCAGUCCAACCUAAGUCUUCAUUUCCCACAGUAGUGAAUUUUCUAGAUUCAUCUUGUAGACCUCAAAGGACUGGAGAGAGAGCUCCACUGAGACUCCAUCCUGGAACACUGCUCUGAUACUAAUUUCUUGUCCAUUUGAAAUACAUAGGCUGUGCUGUGUAACAUCUUCUGUUGAGUGUAACCGCUGGCUGCCUAGUUGAACUUCUGGGAUCAAGAAGGUGUGUUGAAAUCGGUUUCCUUUGGGAGCGGUGGGCACAGCUAACGCAACUGUGAACCGACACGUCACACAAUCACCUGCUGCUGACACAUGACCUGGGUCUGCCUCUGCCCGCCCCGCCCUCCUGCCACAGCCGUGUGGUGGCCCUUAGACUAGAUGGGAAGGCUUCAGGUAGCAGCUGUGGGACUACUGCUGGGCUUGGGGGUGCUUUGGCCGCACCCCUGCUUUCUUAAGUCUUAAGUGAUGCCCCCUCCAAGCCAUCGUCCCCCCCACUCCUCCACUCCCACCCUUGGCCAAAGCUUAGAUUGUAACCCUCCCCUCCCUCAGAAAUUGGCCGUGGGUGAGGAAUUCAGGGCUUCCCGUCUCCCCACCUUUAUCAAGGGGUGCUGCUCUCCCCUCCUCCUCAACUCCCUUGUUGCCCAUCACCACCCAACACUUGCUGUGGCCAGAAGCCAUCAGAUGAGGUUGGAAGAGCCUGGCCUCCCUCACUUAGCUCUGGACCACACGUUCACUUGCCACCAGCCCGGGAAGGGGGAGCCGGGACCUCAGCCCUGCUGCCACCAUCAGCCGAUGCACUUUGAGCUCAGGUCUCGAGGUGAACAGAGCAGUCUCGGGGCCACAAACCUGCCAGCGCUCAGGGGCCUUGGUGGUGACGCCUAGAGAAAGGCCAUGCGGAGUCCGAGCGCACAGGGUUCUGAGUCGGUUCCUUCUCUCAUAAUCGCUUUGCUUUUACACACUGAAGAGGUUUGGACGGGGCUCCCUGGCCACCAUCAGGUCUGUGUGGAGCCUGACAGCUGAACAGAGCCCCUGACCCUGCGGACUCAGGUUUCAGUGUUGCUGCUCCUCAGACCCUCGCCAAGACCCGAAGGAGCUCUGUGUCACGAGGUUUUAGAUCGGUGGGCCUGGCCUCCUGGCUCGUCACCAUGUUCCCCACUCUGUUCAGGACCACUAAAUGUUGAAAUGUGGAUGCAUACCGAAAUAAAGGCAAUUCGUUGUGUUGCAAGGGUUAUUUUGGGUUUGGGUUUUUUUUUUGGGGGGGGGGGUUUAAGCAUAUAUGUGAAUUCACCUGUUGAAGCAGCAACUAUCAGGUCUGAAAAGUGGCUGGUGUGGCCAUUGAUCUUUCUGGGGCAAACUAGCUGUCCGGGCGAGGCAUCCUGUAAGUCGAGUUUAACAGUGUUCAUAGCAGCGUGUUGUCAGUCAUUGCCUGAUUUUACUGUAAUAAACAAGUGUGCAUUGA